AACCAUCCAGCUUUUCAUUAACUCCCCUUACAGAGUUAAAAUCCCCCGAAGUAUUCACGGUUCAUCCCUCAAUGCACUGGACAAUCCAAAGAACUGCUGCCAUGAAGAUCCUCCUAUCAACAUGUUUAUUUCAUACCAUAGACCAUAGAAACACAAUUUCCUUUCUGAUUGCAGGUGUUCUACCCUAAAUGUGUUGCAGGUCAGCACCAAUCAAAUCAACUGAAAACUCCUCAGGAAAAGAGCCCUAGCGACCACCCCAGAGCCAAUGCUAUGCAUAUAAGACCAACACUAAGGGAGAUAGUUAAUAGCUAUUGACAUCAGAUUAUCCAAUCUAUUUUUUUCCAACAAAACCCGUAACGGACGACUUAUUAACCGUGAUGAGUUUCCUCACCUCGAGCUGUUAAUUGGGGUCAUUAAGGCCCGCACCAGUCCUGUAGCAUAAUUCCAAUCUUUUCUUAGACUUCCCCCCCUCCCCCCUUAUUUUAAGGAACUUUGGCACUUUUAUUCUCUGCUCCUCUCAGCUCCACCAGUGGUAGGAACUGAAACUUCAGCUAGAGAGGGAAUCCCAGCAUUCUUAAGCUGGCCCCUAUCACCGAAAUGGAAAUUAACGUCAUCCUCAAUAUCCAGCAUUUCAUCCAAUCCCAAGGUAGCAACAAGAUCAAACUGCGUAAAAUCUGCAUUCCCUAAGGCCUUUUUUUUUUUUUUUUUGAUCAUCCAUUCCACAAGGCUUUGAACCUACUUUCUGACUGUUUGCCUUCUGAGGAAUACCAUUCAUUCAUCCUAGCAACAGGCCUAGAACCCAUGCUUGUACUGUUAUAGAUCACCUAAGUAACCCCCCAGCUUCAUCCAGUGGUUGAGGCACAACCUGAGCACUCACUGUAUCAGCAGUAGUCUUUUGCCAUAAGUACCUCCAUAUUGUGCUAAGUAGGAUUCAGCAUUGGGUUUGAGUCAGGGAUUGAGAAACUUCCUGGCCAUCAGCAGAGGGCCGAUCAAUCUCAAAACCCGUGUUAGUACAUUGGACCAUCUCAAACUCUGCAGCAUUUCCAGAAUUCUGAGGUAAAACAUCUCCACUUUGUGACACCCAAACCUUCUCGCCAAUCCUUGGGUUGGGACCCUCUCAUUCUCAGCAUCUUGAAUACAACCAUGACCAAAAACCUUGCAUGACAAGACAGUGGCUUGCAUUGAUACUUGACAGGGAUCAGCAUACAAGUCCCAUUAGCAAAGUGAACAUCAACAGAUUGAGGGUACAUUUUUCUGUGUUGCGUAGUCUAUGGGUCGCUUAAGAAAGAAGUUCGGUGGGAAUAUUGCUGAAGCCUCCUCAGAACCAUUGUCAUCUCAAAAUAGAACUCCAAAAUCAUUGAAGCCCAAGCCUAAAAUUUCAAGAAACACUCUGAACAAAGAGACUACUCAGAUUCGAGAGAAGAAAAAGAAAAAGAGUGUCUUGGGGAGCAGAAAACCAAGUGUCAAUAAAGAGGAAGAGGAUGAUAACAGUCGAAGUGCGAUACAAAAGAGUACAACUGGUGGGCAGCAUAAUAAAAUGAACCAAGACAAGGGAGCUGGGUUGGAGAAUGAAGAAAAUCAUGAACAGGGUGAAAAGAAGAGGAGAAGCUUGGCGAUAUUGAAAAGAAGCAACAAUUUGCUAAGAACAAAGAAAAGUGGUUCAAGCCAAUCGAAGAUGGUCAAAUGAAGGAAGAAAAGCAUGGUCCAUUGAAAAGUCAACAGAUUGAAAAGCAGAAAGAGAAGCUUGAUGGUUUGCAAAAGAAGCAACAUUUUGAUCAGAAGAAAGAAAGGUGGUUCAAGAAGACCGAAAACGUUCAAAUGAAUGAAGAAAAGCAUGGUCAGUUGCAAAGCCAACAGAAUGAAAAGCAGAAAGAGAAGCUCGAUGAUUUGCAAAAGAAGCCACAUUUUGAUAAGAAGAAAGAAAAGUGGCUCAAGAAGACCGAACAUGGCCAAAUGAAUGAAGAAGAGCAUGGUCAGUUGGAAAGCCAACAGAACGGAAACAAUAAAAAGAAGCUUGGUGUUUUGAUUUGCAUGUGUAAUGCAAAGACAAAACCGGACUGUUUCCAUUAUAGCCUUAUGGGUUUACCAAUCGGUAACAAAGAGCUAGUGUUGGGCAUCAAGCCAGGGCUCAAGCUUUUCCUCUAUGAUUUUGAUCUCAAGCUUUUGUACGGGAUCUAUACAGCAUCCUCUAAUGGUGGCUUGAAACUGGAGCCAGCAGCUUUUGGUGGGGGAUUCCCUGCUCAGGUGCGCUUCAGUGUUUACCAAGAUUGUUUUCCCCUCCCAGAGAGUGUCUUCAAAAGGGCUAUUAAGGAAAACUACGACAAAAAGAACCGGUUUAAUACGGAACUUACAGACGUACAAGUUGAGAAGCUCACAGAACUUUUUAGGCCUGCUGAAGUGCAUUUACAUGCACCACCCUUGGGCCCCACCGCAAUGGCAGCAAUUCAAGAUUCAAAUCUUCAUACCUACGAUGAAGGUAGGAGGUACAGUGGUCAGCAUCUUAUGUACGGAAGUGUUCCUUCAAUGGAGAGAGAAGAUAUCUCUCAAAAUCAUUUUCCUAGUGAAAAUGAAUAUCGAACUUACAGUCUUCGUGGGGAACGACUGAAGUUCACUCCACCUAGAAGUCAAAUUGCUCCUCCUUUGGAACCUCACUUGGAUCCCGUAAGACAGCACCUUCUGAUGCACCCAGGUUAUCAGUAUACAGAUGCUGCCCCUGCACAAGUACAGCUAACCACUCGUCAUGAUGUGCAUAUAGCGUCUGAAAACCAGACUUACGGUCCUUUUCCAAGACAGGAACUGCGGUCUUCAACUUCCCUUGCAGCGACAACUUCGGCAUCUAUUGUAGACCCUUACUCGAAGAUUGCUUAUACUUACCCGCAUGGUGGUUCAUAUUUGGACUUGUAUCGGCCACCUUCGGGGGGAGAGGAGGUACCUUUAUUAGGAUCUCAUUCUUUCACUGGAAGGGGAGAAUCUUACCUGACUGAGUCUACUCACUUGAGAAGGCCAGAAAAUGUUGAUACUGCAACGUUGUACUCAACCUAUGCUUCCAAUGCGUUAUCCGAGUAUAACCAAAUUACUAAACAUCAGGUAGUUGGGCCUCAAUCUUCACUUGCACCAGUUUCGUCUCGCUACUCUUUUGCAGGUCCAUCUUUGUCUCAUCGCUGACCUGUCUGUCUGUGCACUAGUUUUCUAUAUUUUUCUUUUUAUGGUUGACACAGCUUGAUGGCCAAGGAGCUUUAUCAUGUACCUUUAAUUUAAGUUACCUUUGAAUGAUGUACGAUUAAUGGAAGUAGCUUUAUCAGGUAA